GCGCAAUCACACGGACGGAGGAACCGAGGUCCUAUCUGUCCCGAUUUAAACUGGUUGGGGGGGUCGUCUCGUCGCGUUAAAAAAUUUAUUCUCCUCCUUUAAAAUCGGGCGUGUGUGGUUAGCACUAGGGAUUCCAUUUCUCCAUUCCAUUUUUCCCCCUCUGUCUUUCUCUAGGAAGAAUCAGUGGCGGCAGGCGUUUGUAGAAUCGGUGUUAGCACCAAGGUGCGUCAGGUAUGAAUCGGAUCAAGGCUGCAUUCGUUGCGAGGUGAUCUUCGUCGCCCGAUCCUGGUGAUCCGAUAAUAUUCCUGGAAAUAUCGCUAGAUCGCCGUGAUCCCGUCGCCACGCAGGCCAUUGGCUGCCAGAUUCUCAGCGAUCUUCCUUCCCGCUGCCGGCUUUUGGAAUUUCUUGCUCGCGCGGCGGCGGCGCACUGAUCUCUGGAUUGGGAUGCCCUGGCGGCAAUGCAGGCUCGUGGGGGCCUUCACUUUGACAAAUCCUUGGUGGACCCGAGGCUGAUCUCGCGAUAGCGGAUUUGUUGCGAGACAGAGACGGGCAGUUCAAUGGUGGCUUUAAAGCAGGUCCAGCACUUCUCGAUCAGUUAAAAGCGAUCCAGAUGGAUUCUUCCGCCAUCGAUCGGAGCUCCACGGAGAAUUGUGCCGCGGAGCUAGAAAAUGUAAGAGCGGAGAAUGCCAAGCUGAGGUCGGAAAACGAGGCACUGAUUCGCGAGGUGGAACAGCUCAAGCUCACAGGAUCCUCGAGAAUUGCUUCUCCGGAGGUGGAGUCGAGCGUAGAGAUUGCCGGGCUUCUCUCGGCUCUCAAGGAUUCGUGCAUUUCCAUCAGCUAUUGCGACAGUGAUCUUCGAUAUGUCUGGGCGACCCACUUUUUAGAAUCUUUCACUGGGAAGAUCGUGCAUGGAAAGCAUGAUGACGAGAUCUUUCCCGUCCAGACUAAAGGGCUAGAAGAAGUCACUUUUCUUCGGAAACAAGCGUUGGAAAGUGGCAGCCUACAGAUGGAUUACGUGCAAGUAUUCAUACCCGAUCAGGGACACAUGACUUGGCUUGUCAUAGCUAAUCCAAGGUUUGGUCACGAAGGAGGAAAGCAGGAAGUCCCAGUUGGCGUGAUCACAACAUGCUUAAACAUUCCACUGGCUGGUGAUUCACAAGCGCUGGUCCGAAGCAGGACCACUGAAUACGAACUGAGAGAAGCAGUAAGGCUGACAGAGGAAGCAAUUCGAGCAAAAAACAUGUUUCUUUCCAUCAUGUCCCACGAGAUUCGAACUCCGUUGAACGGACUGCUUGGACUUGCUCAGGCUUUGGAGUCCUCGGGAUUGGACAGGGACCAAAGAGAACUCUUGCAAGCAAUUGUGUCGUCCGGUACAAUCAUCGCAGACAUACUGGGCGACAUUUUAGAUCUAGCCAGCAUGGAAUCAGGUGCCAUGAAGUUGGAGACGCAGCCUUUCAGCCCGGCCGAUAUUGUCCAUGAGAUAGCGAAAAUGGCUGUUGCUGCUACACAUGAAAAAGGAUUGGAGGUCUUGAGCUAUGUUGGAAAGAGCGUACCAGAGGUGGUGAUAGGUGAUGGGCUGCGAGUUCGUCAAGUAAUGAAAUAUCUCGUGUUGAACGCGAUUAAAUUUACUCAGGAGGGCAGUGUUCAGAUUAGAUUAGAUUCAAUACCCAUGCUGGGAACACCGGACGAUCCACGGUUUCCUAGUGACGAGCUUGUUACUGGACGUGAGAAGCGUCAAAAGGAUCAGCCUGUGAAAAGUGGGUGUCGCGAAGGCGACUUUGUACUUUAUUGUCAGAUAGCUGACACUGGACUUGGAAUCCCGAAAGAGGCAUUUGCAACGCUGUUUGAUCACUUCCGCGGAUUAAAGUUCUCGAGCACUAUCAAUCAUGGUGGGACUGGCCUGGGCUUGGCUCUCUGCAAACAGUUGGUGGAACUCAUGGGUGGUCGACUGACAGUGCACAGCGAAGUCGGCAAGGGGUCAGUGUUCACAUUCAGCGUCCUGUGCAAGUCGCACGAUCGAGAUUGCAGCCCAGAGCCGACCGCAAAGCCUGUGGACAACAGGCCGCCGUGCAACCACCGCAGGAAAGAGCCGAGGAUCCUCCUGGCCGAGGACAACAAAGUGAACGUCAUGGUGGCGAUCUCCAUGCUCAAGAGGCUGGGAUUCACGGCACAGGUGGUGGCAAACGGAGUCGAGGCUCUCGAGGCGAUGCGGAAGGACAAAUACGAUCUGGUGCUGCUCGACAUAUGCAUGCCGCUCAUGGACGGCUUGCAAGUGGCCUACGCGAUCCGGAAGUUCGAGCAGACUGGUUCUUGGCCGGAAGGGAUCUGGGACGGGAACGAUAGCAAGGAGCUCUCGACCGCUCUGGAGGGAUUCCGGAAUGGAGGGAGGGAGGAAGAUAGCACGGGGACGUCGCCGAGGAUACCGAUCAUCGCCGUGACCGCCAACGCGCUGAGGUCCGAUAUCGAGCGGUGCUUCGCUCACGGGAUGGAUGCUUUCAUCCCAAAGCCCGUGAUGUUCCAGAAGUUGAGAGAGAUCUUAUCGAAGUAUCUUCCUCUUCCUCUGGAGCAGCAGUAGGGGUGUUCCAGAGCUGAAAAAGUGGCGCUUCAGGGAUUUUUUAAAAAAAAAUUUCUUUUUUUUAAUUUUUUAUGUGUGUCCGUCUGCGGGAA